AUGUUACAGCAGGAUAUUAAACUGGAUGAUGCUUCACCUUCACGCGCAAUACGAGCUGCAAAUGUACCAUUUCUCCGUCGUUUAAGUCAACGAUCACCACCAGCUCCGCAUGCACCGCCAGCUCCACAUGCACCGCCAGCUCCACAGGAACAACUUAAACCACCGCAGAAUAGCAUUUGGUACUACAUAGGAGUGACAAGAGAAAAUUUCACCAAAGAACACAGAGACCAAUUUACACCGAAGGUUGGCAUGGACAUUUCCUAUGAGAUGCAGUAUAGUAUGGAAAAUUAUAUAGACUUUGCUGAAUCCCGAGUACGGUACCUGGAUUGUUCGAUAGCAUCGGGUGCAGAGAAGAGAAAUUCAAAGAGUGAUGGAGCUUCAGAAACGCAGGAAGAAAUCAAGGAAAUGGCGGAAGAAGAAACGGAGACUUUGAAAGAUAUCUUAGAUCAUGUUGACCUUGAAGGAAAUGGAAUAAGUACAUCUGAUAGGAUAUUUAAACAUCUCAAUAUUAGUGUUUACUUUAAAUUUGUGAAAGAUUGCACUGGUCUAAAGAUCUUUGAAAUGUAA